GUUUCCUCUGUUGGCUAGAGAGCAUGAGAGAGUAGAGGAGAAAUGAAUGAAACACUGCCUUGACCCUGGUUAUUUAAUGAGCUAGUUUAAGGGAGCAUUAGUGCAUCCUGGAGGCAAGACCCUACGACAAUACUACAGAUCAGACAGGCUGCUGAUGGUUGCUGGCUAGCCAAUGGGGCUGUUUGACAAGUUGGCAGGAUGGCUGGGUUUGAAGAAAGAGGUGAAUGUGCUGUGUCUUGGUCUGGACAACAGUGGAAAAACCACCAUCAUCAACCAGCUCAAGCCCACUAAUGCCCAGGCACAAGACAUCGUCCCAACCAUUGGCUUCAGCAUAGAGAAGUUCAAGACAUCCAGUCUGUCCUUCACAGUGUUUGACAUGUCUGGUCAAGGCAGAUACAGAAACCUUUGGGAACACUACUACAAGGAAGGCCAGGCUAUCAUAUUUGUCAUUGACAGUGCAGACAAACUGAGGAUGGUAGUAGCCAAAGAAGAACUGGACACAUUAUUAAACCAUCCUGAUAUUAAACACAGGAGGAUCCCCAUCCUGUUCUUUGCUAACAAGAUGGAUGUCAGGGAUGCUCUGUCUUCUGUCAAGGUCUCACAGCUGCUGUGUUUGGAGAACAUCAAAGACAAACCCUGGCACAUCUGUGCUACCGAUGCUCUGAAAGGAGAAGGUUUACAGGAGGGAGUCGACUGGUUACAAGAUCAAAUCAAAACAAUGAGAACGUGAGGGCGUGAGGACAGACACACCAGAAGUAGCAGCAUACCAGGAAGUCUUUUCUGAAAGACCACUUGACCCAGUUUUCAGAGGUACCACGGGAAAGAAAUGUUUUCAAUGGGGUAUUUCGUUGAUUCUCAGAUGUGUGUGGUUUCAUGCGACAAAUGAGUUCACGACUUGAUUCCCUGGUACCAGUAAUAACACAACCAUAAAGAUGCAUCCAGAGUCAAAGGGAACCAUACAAAUUGGCAACUUAAAUACAUUUAUUUUGGAUAUAUUCUUACUUUUCCAUGCAAGCGUUAUGAGGUCAAAGUGAUAAACAGCUUUGCCGUGCAGGCUCACAGGGAUCAUGAUCUGUGACAUUAUGUUGGUUGGUGCUGUCUUCAUUUUAGGGAGCAUGAAUACCUGGGAUGUCUUAUAGAGAGGACAUAUUGUUGGGUGUGUUAUUUUAUAUGUUUUAGCCCUCAGCUAUGUGCCAGCUUCCCUGCAGACACGUUUCACAGCUGUUUUUUUCACACUGGCAUCACAUGAUAUCACCAGUGAUGCAAACUCAAGGUCCACUUUUUGUCCACUGGCUGACAUUUAUCAUUUUCAUACUAAUACUAUUACAUGUAAUGGGCUAAUACAUACAAGACGACCUGUAAGGAAGGCACUGUAGAACUUGUUUCCACCUCUGAAAUAUGCCAAAUGCUCCAUUUUUUUCUUUUUUUCUUAUGUCUCUCAGGGCUUCUGUGGAAACAUAUUAUUAUUUGCGUUUAACCAUCACAACAGUUCAGUUAACUAUAAUUGAGUUUUUCAGCAGAAGCAAGUUUUCUGGUAUUUGUGUCAUGCGUUCGAGAGCACAUCGCCUUUCUCAGACUUGCAUAUAGGCCCAUCUCACUGUCACAUUAAAAAUAAGAACUACUAUAUCUAUACUGCAGCUAAAACUUCAUGCAGCUCUGCUCAUGUUUGAUUAAUGCUGCUCUUUUUUUGAGUAGCUUUAAACAUACAUUUUGAAUUAAAUGUUUUAAGGGACCCUGUAUAUUUUGUUGUACUUGUAGCUAAGUGUACAUGUCUAGUUAACUUAGCUGUAACAGGUGAUAAAACAAUUUGUCAUAAAGUGAAUGUCGAGGUAAUUAGCUUGGUUCAAAGUCAAAACUCGUCUUUACAAAGCUGUUUUUCAACCAGUGUUUUUAUCCUUGCCUUAUUUCAUUGCUCAAAAAAGAAGAAUGUAAUCAAACAAAAUGCGUCGUAUAAUGUACUCAUAGUACUCCAGUGAUUCAAAGGCAGACAACUGAGAGGAAGAGUCAUCUGCUCAGACUGCACGCAGUUUUUAAUGCAAGUCUUUGAUCCUCUUCUCCAGUCUCGGACUGAGAGCUUGCAUUAAAAACAAUUUCUGCACAGAUCAGAGUUUGUGGUUGCUUUUUAGUUUUGGUGCAUUGCUGCAACCGAGCUGUGUGGGGCGUUUCACUGUUUUUGAGUAAGUUCAAGGCAAAAGGGAACAACUGACAAAAAUGUAUGAUACGAUGUUUAAGAUAAUAGUGUUUUAUUUUAUAUAAUCUGUGGUUUCGUGCUCACAAAUGUCUCAUUUAAACCUGCUUUUUAGUUCUAAGAUACCCCAAAAAGGCCUUGCAACAAUCCAAAAAUAUUUUCCUCCAAUAACACUUGACAUGAAACCAAAUAUAGACAGAAAAUAUCAGGAUAAAAUCACUAAUGGGUGUCCUUACAGUCCUGGUCACAUUUAGGGCUGCACCAUGCAGCAAAUCUAGGAUGUUUGACUAACAUUAAGACAGUUAUGUCUUAUUUUAAAGGGUCUUGUUCACUUAAGUUUAAAAUAUUAACUGUAGAAUAUAUUACCAGAGUGUAUGAGAUGGAUAGGAUAAAACUAUUCCUGUUAGAUUUUAUGUAUUUACAUCUUUUAGUUGUGAAUCAGAUAAAGUGAAUUCAUUUCAACAGAUUUACCAACCACAGACAAGAAACAUAAGCUAAAAAUUCUGCUUCUGAAAGUUCUGAAUCAUUUUACUGUCUAACAUUUUCAAGAAGACAUUUCCAGUGAAAAUUAGUCUGUGUGUCAUGUUCAGCCCAGUUACAUCAGUGUCCCAGUUUGGACAUCCACUGGGUGACGCCCAAGUCCAAAAUAUUCAAAUCCUCCCGCUCAUAGUUGCUUUAAGGACACGACAUUGAUUUUGUAAUAUAUUGUCUUCGUCUAACUCUACAAACAUGUCAGUGAUGAUUUACCGGGAUGAGCUUCAUAUCCUUCAGACACCUCAUAUUUUGAAAACGAGGAGAGGUGUGUCAAGUCCUCCAGACAUUUAUUUCAAAACAGACUCUGUGAGCACAAGUUCACUUUAGUAUCAGAGACUUUAUAGAUUGUUACUAUCAAAUGUGUGUGUUCUGUUUAUUACAUUGUAUGUGUUACUUUUCAAAGAAUAAAUAUUGUGGAAAAUGA